AUGCAUAGGCGAGCGGUCUUAAGGCUCCCGAGCCGAGUCGAGCUCUCGGCCAACGGUACAGCCUUAACCCCGACCUACUCCUCUGAACGAACAUUUCGGACCUCCGCAGCCCGUCACAACUCAGAUGCCGGUAAAAACAACAGUGACGAAGGUACUUCAAAGCCAGCGGGCUUUAAACCCAAGUUUGGAAACAGAUGGGGAGGGAGUGCACCACGAUCGACGGGGCUGAGUGCAUCCGAGCAGGCGAUGCGCGACGCGCUGAUUGCUAAAAGCAAACCGCCACCGCCGGAGCCUGUGAAAUUGGACACUUCAAGUCAGGGUAUCGGGAACCAGAGAUGGGCUAAGCGAUCUUAUCUGGGCUCAUCUUCGAGAGAAGAAAACCUACGGGGGAUGCAACGACCUCGCCAGAAUGAACGAUUCCGUCAACAGCAACCGGAUACCCAAAGGCCUACCGACUCCCGAAUGGACGGGAGGAACGACUCGAAUAAAACAGCCCCAGCCGUGAAGCUACCAUCAAACUGGAAUUGCAAAAGUUGCAAGCGCAUGGUGUUUCCCAGAUACACUACUUGUCCCUUCUGUAACACCCCCCGACCGGAUUUGCCAUCAGAGCAAGGUCAGCCUUCAAAAUCCGAUCCAGAGUUGAAGAAAUUACGGGCAUUGGGCCGCUCAAUUCUCGCAGAUUCUGAAGAGGGUACCAAGGGAGAAGUUGCAGCCAAAGAGUCCGCACAGGCCGAAAAAGCCGAAAAGCCAAAGGUCGAUCAGUGGGCCUGGGAUAUGUCUGCUCUAGAUAAGUUGGCGAUUCCAGACGAUGAAGGCGAUUUAUCACAGAUACAGAAAAAGACGAAACGUCCGGGAGGAGGCAAACUCAAGGAAUCCGAGUCUAAUGAAUUCGACCGGGAAGAGCGCGACAGGCGGCGGGAUUCACGCAAACGUUCGAAGAAGGGCAAGGGAAGCAAGAAGGAAGCUGUGGCUGCUCCUCAGCCCCUUUACCUGCCAGAAUUUAUCAGCGUUACCAAUUUGGCCGAUGUUAUUGGUGUAAGGCCAGGUCAAUUCAUCCAGCGCAUGGAAGAAAUGGGCUUCGAGAAUGUUGAGUAUAACCACGUUUUAGAUGCUGAGACCGCUGGUUUGGUGGCUGCCGAGUACAAUUAUGAGGCUAUCUUUGAUACCGGAGACGAGGACCUGCAAGCUGCGCAAGUACCGGAAGAUGUUUCGCAUCUGCCACCUCGACCACCUGUUGUCACUAUUAUGGGCCAUGUUGAUCAUGGUAAGACUACCAUUUUGGAUUGGCUGCGGAAAUCAUCGGUGGCUGCGACGGAGCACGGUGGAAUUACACAGCACAUUGGUGCUUUCUCUGUUGCGAUGCCCUCUGGCAAGACGAUUACCUUCUUGGACACUCCUGGACAUUCGGCAUUCUUGGAAAUGCGCCGUCGUGGUGCCGAUGUCACUGAUAUUGUCGUCCUGGUAGUUGCUGCAGACGACAGUGUGAAGCCUCAGACCAUUGAAGCCAUCAAGCACGCAACACAGGCCAACGUCCCUAUCAUCGUCGCUAUCAGCAAGAUCGACAAGGAGGGCGGAAACCCGGACCGGGUGAAGCAGGAUCUGUCAGUGCAUGGUGUUCAUGUCGAGGAUUACGGUGGUGAUGUUCAAGCCAUUGGGGUGAGCGGCAAGACUGGUCAAGGCAUGCUUGAACUCGAGGAAGCUAUUGGAGCUCUCUCAGAGAUGCUUGAUCACCGGGCUGAUACCACUGGCAGUGUGGAAGGAUGGGUCCUUGAGGCUUCGACGAAGAGCUAUGGCCGAGUGGCCUCUGCUCUUAUCCGCCGCGGUACACUGCGACCGGGCGAUGUAAUUGUCGCUGGCACUACCUGGGCUCGAGUGCGUACCCUGCGCAACGAAGCUGGUUUAGCCGUCAGUGAAGCUACGCCCGGUAUGCCGAUUGAGAUUGAUGGUUGGAGAGAACAAGCUGCUGCGGGUACGGAGAUUCUGCAGGCUCCCGACGAGCAGAAGGCUAAGGAUGUUGUUGAUUAUCGUCAGGAACGUUCUGAUACCGAGAAGCUUGGCCAAGACAUGGUUGCCAUCAACGAGGCACGCCGUGAGCUCAAUGAGAGGCGUAGACUUGAGGCAUCGGAGACUGAUGGACAAACCCCUGCGGUCGCCGAACAGUCUGGUCCGAAGGCAGUCAACUAUAUCCUUAAGGCUGAUGUUGAUGGUUCUGCGGAGGCAGUCAUGAACUCAAUCGCUGCCGUUGGAAACAAUGAAGUUUACGCUAAUGUUCUUCGCUCGGCGGUCGGCCCUAUUACCGAGUUUGACGUCGAACAUGCUGCUGCUGCCAAUGGACGAAUCAUCUCGUUUAACCAGCCCAUCGAGCCUGCCAUGAGCCGCAUGGCAGAGUUAGAGGGUGUGCAAAUUAUGGACCACAACAUCAUCUAUAAACUCAUUGAUCAUGUGAAGGAGGAUCUCAGUCAAUACCUCUCUCCCACUAUCACUCAGCGUGUAACUGGUGAAGCUGAGAUUGGUCAGAUCUUUGAAAUCACCGUUAAGGGGCGGGAGAAGAUGUCCAUUGCUGGUUGUCGUGUACGUAACGGUACAGUGAACAAAGCUCGCAAGGUCCGGGUUCUCCGAGGAAACGAGACUAUUUACGAUGGCACAAUGACCUCCCUCAAGAACGUCAAGAAGGACGUCACGGAGAUGCGCAAGGACACCGAAUGUGGUAUUGGAUUCGAGGGCUGGGCUGAAUUUGCCAUUGGCGAUCAUGUCCAGUGCUAUGAAGAGACACAUGAGAAGCGAUACCUGUGA